UUGCGGUCGUAAUGGAUGUUUUCACAGACAUCGACAUCUUCAGAGACCUGCAGGAAAUAUGUAGGAAACAGGGAGUUGCUGUGUAUAUCCUUCUGGACCAGACUCUUCUCCCUCAAUUUUUGGAUAUGUGCAUGGAUCUGAAAGUUCAUCCUGAACAGGAAAAGCUGAUGACAGUCCGGACGAUUACAGGAAAUAUCUACUAUGCAAGGUCAGGAACUAAAAUUGUUGGGAAGGUUCAUGAGAAGUUCACGUUGAUUGAUGGUAUUCGUGUGGCAACAGGCUCCUACAGUUUUACAUGGACGGAUGGCAAAUUAAAUACCAGUAACUUAGUAAUUCUGUCUGGCCAAGUGGUUGAACACUUUGAUCUGGAGUUCCGAAUUCUAUAUGCCCAGUCAAAGCCCAUCAGCCCCAAACUCCUGUCUAACUUCCAGAUCAGCAUCAAGUUUGACCAUCUAACAUCUGAGUGUAAACCACGGUCCAAGGAGCCCACGCUGGGCAACCUCCUGCGAAUGCGGCUGGCCAGAUUCUCAAGUACUCCCAGGAAGACUGACCUGGACUCAGAGAUGUCCACAGAAGGCAAGGCAGAGACCAAGCGCCAUGGCUCUGAGUCCUCCACCAUUAGUGAGGAAGACAACUUUAACUGCAAGGAUGAGCUAGAGGAUAGAAGGUCCACUGAUGUUGCUACUCAAACAGAGCCAGCAGAGGAGAUGCUGACGGUGAAUGUGAGUGAAGUGGGAACACAAACCAACACAACCACAGCGUGUGCUGGGACCCAGACUAUAGUUGCCACCAGAGUAGUGAGCUCCCAAACCGUGGUUUGUUCUAAGUCAACCACCACUCAGACUGAUGUGGAUGAGAACAUUCUCUUUUCUCAGGGAACCCAGUCUAAAGAAGGGUCACCAGUCUCAAGAAUGUCUGUGUCAAGAUCUUCCAGUCUGAGGUCAUCUUCCUCUUUGUCUUCCCAAGGCUCUGUGGCAAGCUCCGUUGGCUCCCACACUCCCGUCAGAGCUACCGACCUCCACAAUCCUGGAUAUCCCAAGUACAUGGGCACUCCCCACUUGGAUCUGUACUUGAGAGACUCACUUAGAAACUUGAAUAAAGAGCGGCAGGUUCACUUUGCAGGUAUCAGGUCCCGGCUCCACCAUAUGCUGGCUAUGCUCUCAAGGAGAUCAUUCCUUACUGAAAAUGACCUCGGCUUUAACUCUGGAAAUUUUACCAGAAUUAAUCUGCUUGCUGUUAGAGAUACAGCACUUUAUCCUUCCUAUCAGUAACUGCUCAGUGUUCAGACUCCUGGAUUUAGCCAGGCUUGCAGUGACAUAAGUGUUUCCUACUUUAAAAAAAUUAUCCUAUGUCCCUAAUUACUUUCUCUCACCCAACUUUUAGUCACCUUUUCUGUCUUUGAAUUCUACAAGCUGCACAUUAUUUUACAUGCUUUUGUUUUAUUUUUGUCAUGUAUAAACCAGGGGUUGGUUUUAUGUUUUAAACACUAAGGGUACGGUUUUUUGUGCAAAUUUUAAUACAGUCAUGCACUGCAUAAUAUUUGGUUGGCGAUGGACCACAUACAUGACAGUGGUCCCAUAAGAUUAUAAUACCGUAUUUUUAUUAUACUUUUUUAUGUUGAGAUACACAAGUACUUACCAUUGUGCUACAGUUGCCUCUAGUAUUCAGCACACUAACAUGCUGUACAGAUUUAUAGCCUAGGCACAGGAGGCUAUGCUACAUAGCCUACUGUGCCAUCUAGGUUUGUGUAAGUGCACGCUAGGGUCUUCACACAAGGAUGAAAUAGCCUAACGACACAUUUAUCUGAAUGCAUCUUCAUUGUUAAGCAACACAUGACUGUAUGGAUGUCUGUAACUCUUAAAGAGAGUAUUUGGGUGUUUAAGGUUAAUUCAAGUAAGAGACGAAAUAUAUUUUGCCCUUUUCUUAAUUUGCGUACUAUUCUAUUUUAAAGGUUUGAAUCACCAGUGUUUUUAUUAUCAUACUUCUAUUUAGAAAAACAAAACUUUCUUAAUUGUUUAUCUCUUUAGAGUAUCUGUGUUCGUAGCAUUAAAUAAAAAUAAACAACUUUUGAUUGCUU